AUGGAUUCUCGCAUCGAAGCCCUUGCUACAACCAUCGCCGACUCGGCUCGCACGCUACGAACCCUGCUGGCCCAACAUGGCCUGGAGGAACCAUCCUUUGCAGCCGACUGUCCUUGGACACCUCUGCCUUCUGCCCUGGACAAGGCCCGCAACGCCGUCCUUGAUGCGGCCUGUGAAAUCCAGGAUCUCUUACUGGACCCGGCGGACCUCUUACGGUCUUAUGCUAGUCACGCCCAUCUAAUAUCCCUGCAUUUUAUCCAGCAGUUCGAUAUCGCCCAGAUCGUUCCCGCGACUGGACCGAUAUCCUUUGGCGAAAUUGCCCGCCAAUGCAACGGGGUACCUGAGGCGGACGUGCGCCGCCUAUUGCGCCACGCGAUGACGAUCCGGGUGUUCGACGAACCGGUCGAGGGCCAGGUCUCGCACACGCGUGCAAGCAUGCUUCUUCGGACGGAAGGUAUCGACGGCUGGGUCGGCUCGACUUGCGAGAACAGCUGGCCCGCUUCGACCAAGACAGUAGAGGCACUAAAGCGGUAUCCUGGCUCCGAAGAGCCCAGUCAAUCGGGAUUUGCCCUCGCGAACAACGGCCUUGCACUGUAUGAGGUAAUAGCCCAGUCCCCUUCGCGCGCAGCCACCUUCGCAGCUAGUAAGCGCGGACACGCAUCAGGGGCAGGGUUGUCGCCACAGACCUUCGUCGCCGCCUACCACGACAUGUUCACUGCUCUGCGCGCGGGCGCGGUGUUCGUGGAUAUCGGCGGCGCCCACGGCCACAUUAGCUUCGCGCUGGCGGACGCCUACCCUCAUCUACGGUACGUUGUACAGGAUCUCCCGGCGGUGGUGGCACGCGCACGCAAAAAUAGUCGUCCUAGUAGUAGUGGAUUUAGUACACUGGGAGACACAGGACGUGUUGAGUUCAUGGAACAUGAUUUCUUCCGGACACAGCCUGUACGGGACGCGGCGGUUUACUAUCUUCGCCAUAUCUUGCAUAACUGGGGGGAUCGGUAUGCGAUUAAGAUUCUGAAGCAUUUGACGCCGGCAAUGGGGGCCGGAUCGCGGGUCUUGAUUCAUGAAUAUUGUCUAGAGAAGCCGUGGGAGGUGCCGAUGUGGAGGAGGAGAUUGGUUAGUGCUAUGGACAUUGGCAUGCUCCAGCUCCUUAAUGCCCGCGAGCGCGACGAGCAGCAGUGGAAGGCUCUCCUGAGGGAGGCAGAUGCACGGUAUCAGUGGAUCGGAGUGCAGCGACCUGAGGGCAGUGCGCUAGCGAUUAUCGAGGUGGGAUGGCUUGAUCACUAA